AUGGCGCUGCAAUCGACUGAGCAUCUCUGGCCAAAUGCCAUUAGAAGCCGGGUUGCCGAGGCACGGCCUUAUGCCCAGGUCGUGUCUGUGGACGGCAAAGUCCAGGAUGUCACUUUCGCCGAUCUAGAGAACGCGUCCAAUCGAGCUGCAAAAUUCUUGGAGCAGAACUGCCCCGAAGACAUCUUCGCCUAUAUGGGACCAAGCGACCUACGAUACGUGAUCUGGGUACUUGGAGCUAUGAAGACGGGCAAAUGUGCUCUCUACCCAUCCUUAGCAAAUCCAGUUCCAGCCAAUCGUAGACUUUUCUUGACGGUUGGAGUUAAGAAGUUUCUAUAUGCGCCCGAAGUGGCUGACAUGCUACUGCCGCUUAGAAAGGCUACCGAAGACAUUACCGAUGCUCAGGUGGCAUUAAGCUAUUCGGACCUGCACAGCAAGGACCCCGUUGACCCUUACCCAUUUGAUAAAACAUGGGACGAGGUGAAGGACGUGCGCUUCAUGGCCCUUCAUACGUCAGGGACAUCGGGCCACCCAAAGCCUAUCUACUGGACCCAUGCAGGCGCAAGCAUCAUCCCCUCCUUUCUACAAGAUGAGUUCUCAGCGCCCAACGGGACCAAUCUCAUGCGAGAUCUUCUGAAAGCCACCCAGGUGUUCUCGCCUUUCCCUUUGUUCCAUAUGGGUGGUAUGGGCCCCGCGAUGGCGUCCGUUUUCUGUAAGAACACGCUGGUCGUUCCGUUCCCCGGCACGCCGCUAUCCCCAGCCAAUGUCACGACAAUUAUAGAGAUCGCCGAGUGUAAUUCCACAGUGAUGCCCCCCUCGGUACUUGAGUCUCUCCUUACCCACCCCCCAGCGCUUGAAGUCAUCUCCAAGCUGGACCAUGUGGCCUACUAUGGCGGCCCCAUCACCCCGGCACGUGGUGCUGAGCUGGCCAAGCAUUGCAAGCACUUGUAUCCGCUCAUGGCUAGCACUGAGGGAGUCGCAUGCCAUCUCGAGUCUUCCAAAGACAGUUCGCACUUCAACACGUUCAAGUUUGUGGACCUCGGACAGCGCAUGGAGGAGAUGGUUGCUGGGCUGUACGAACUCGUCUUCCCACGAACCAAACGGAUUGAAGACUCUUCUGGCUUCUUUCAUGUGUACCCGCACCUCGAGCACGAGUAUCGAACUUCGGACCUGUACGCACCAGUAGGCGAAGACGGCUGGUGGGUAUACCGUGGACGAGUUGACAACUGGGUAGUCAUGUCUAAUGGCCUUAAAUUCGACCCCACUGAGAUGGAGAACCAAGUGUCCAAUGCCCCAAACGUUAAAGGCGUGCUGGUGGCUGGUUCUCAUCAUUUCAGUCUGUGCAUGCUCGUCGAGCUGACCGAGACCCCUGCAGACGAAGCCCAGGCUUACGAGGAGAUCUGGCAGCUGGUCAAAGAAGCUAACAAUGAUGCCCCCAAGUUCGGCAGGGUGCCUCGAGAACUGCUAUUGAUUGCCAAACCCGAUAAGCCUUUUCUGCGGUCUCCUAAAGGGACCAUACAGAGGCGGCUCACUAUCACCGAGUACGAGCCUGAGAUUGACGAGCUCUACAAUAAUGUGGAGAAGGGCCUCCUUCUCAGUGGACUCGUGCCCAUCAAGUCGACCCAAGCCGAUGAUCUGGUCCCCUUUUUGACUGAUCUACAUAUUCAAACCCUUGACCUUCUCAAGGGCCACACCUUAAGCGCUGACGACGAUCUCCUCAGUCUCGGUAUUAAUUCCCUCGUCACUCUUAUCUUACUAGCCCGCCUAAAGGCAUCGUUGAGGAAACAUGGCGUGGCAGAUGACCACUUGGAGAAAAUUACCCCCAAGCUUUGGUACACGCAGCCCACCAUCCGGCAGAUGGCAAGCAGCCUGUCCACUAUUAUUUCGACCACAAACAGUGACGCCAAGACGGCGCCUAAGGAUAUCGAAAAGGAAGAUGUGGAAAAGCUGCUCGCCAAGUACACCGAGAAGGUGAAGGGCUUCAACACAGCGCCCAGCACCAAGCAACAAGAUGGCGGCUCACAGACCAUCCUUCUGACGGGAUCCACGGGCUCUCUCGGGUCAUACAUCUUGUCUACUCUACUGGGCAAUCCUUCCGUCAACGUCAUCUGCCUCAACCGCAGCCCUGUAGCCGCAGCGCGCUCCAAAUUCUUGGCAUUUCUCCAACAAGUCAAUGGACUUUCACCUGAUGCAGCUGCUAGCUUCGUCACCAGCAACGAGAAACAAAGUCGCCUUACGUUUCUCCAGGCCAAGCUCCAAGAGCCCCAACUUGGUUUGUCGGGCGAAGAGUACGCCAAGCUUUCAAGCGAGACAACAUCAAUUAUUCAUAACGCGUUCCCUGUCAACUUCCUCCUGAGCGUGGCGUCCUUCGAACCCGCCAUCCAAUCCCUGGUGAACCUGCUGGAGCUGGCCUCACGUGGAGAGAAAGCGCCAGCCGUGCUAUUUAUUUCAAGUAUCUCAGCAGCUAGCCUGUCCUCCAAGGCUGGCAGCACCAUCCCUGAAGCUGUCAUAACCCCAGAACAAGCCCGGGAUCUCAUACCCAUGGGCUACGCCCGCGCCAAAUACAUCUGCGAGAGCCUCUUGCAGACCCACGCGACGCGCUCCCUGUCACCGGUGUCAGUUCUUCGCGUAGGUCAGAUCUGCGGGCCCAUCUCUGGAAAGCGGAGAGGUUGGAAUCCAGCUGAGUGGUUCCCUUCUCUGGCCAUUAGUUCAAAGUUUCUCGGCGCCGUGCCGGACACGCUGGGAAGAAUGGACAUCAACUGGGUGCCUGUAGACAAGUUGGCCGAGAUUGUCAGUGAACUCAGCUCCGUAACCAAGUCUAGUAACGGGUUCGUGCUGUACAACGUGGUGAACCCCCAGACCAGCGAGUGGUCAGACUUGCUCCCCGCGCUAGACGAGGUGUCACCCUCGAAUUUGGCGCGUCUAGCCCCAGCUGAAUGGAUCGCAAAGGUCGAGGGAAGCGGCAAGGACAGUGGGGAUGCUGACGAGGGCAGUGGCGCUGGCACUCAUCUGAUUCAUCAGAACCCGGCCCUGAAGCUGGUGGAUUUCUACAAGGAGUCUCUACUGGAUGGUAAUGGUGGGGACGCAGUUGACAGUAUUGACGUUGACAUUAAAAACCUCUUAGCGGCGAGCGAAGUGGCAAGAGAUCUGCAGGCCAUCCAGCAAGGGGAUAUGGCAUCGUGGGUGGAAGCAUGGGGACUGUAA